CACACACCCCCUUAUUAUCAUAGUACCACUUCUACUACCACUACUACUACUCUACACAUUAGUAAUUAUAUAUAUAAUUAGCCAUGUCGGGAGUUUGGUGGUUCGAAAACGGUGUCGUUCGAUUAGUGGAGAACCCAGGUGCGGAGUCGUACGAGGGGAGCAGACAAGGGUCUCAGAGACGAAGAAAGGUGCUGGUUCACACGGCGUCGAACGAGGUAAUAACAUCGUACUCGGCGCUUGAACAGAAACUGUCUUCGUUGGGUUGGGAAAGGUACUAUGAUGACCCUGAUUUGCUUCAGUUCCACAAACGCUCCACCGUUCACUUAAUCUCUCUACCUAAAGAUUUUAACAAGCUCAAGUCCAUGCACAUGUACGACAUCGUUGUUAAGAAUCGAAAUGUCUUCGAAGUCAGGGACAUGUAGUAGUGUUAAUUUCUACUACUUAAUUAUAUAUACUAUACAUGUAUGUUAUGAUUGUGUGUGAGUACUUUUCUGAACUGGGUCUUUUAAUUGUGCUAAAUAUUGAGUAUAUUUGAUUAGGGUGUGAAAUUGAGAGUUUGUGCAAAUAAUAAUAAUAAUAAUUAGAUUGUAGAGAUUAUAUAUAUUAAGCUUGAUUAAUAAUAAUAUAUAGUUUUCAAGGGGUUUGUUUAA